AUAGAGAUAGAGAGAUUUAUAUAUAGAGAGGGAGAGGGAAGGAGAGAGUUGGAUAAUGGGAUUGAGGGAGCGAGAGCAAGGAGUAGAGAGAAGCAGACAGACAGAGUGAGAGACUGAGUUGGGGUACACCUGACCUUAAGGAGGGAGGGUAGCUCCUCUGCUAGCCACACACAUUUGCACGCGCGCACACACACACACACACACACACACACACACAUAUAGUGCUUACAGGCAGUGAGGCAGCCAGUAGAGAGCCUGCCGAGCAGCAGCCAUGACAGACACCGACUCCCUGAGUGAGGCUCUAAAGGCGAUCAGUGUAAGCACAGAGCUGAUUGUGGAGGAGCUCAAGCCUCAUUUGGACACAGUGCUGGCUGCUCUGCUGGAGAAGAAGAAAGAUGCUGCUGUUGAAGUUGCCAGAAGUGGGAUUCUACCCACGCUGGCUCAGGCCUUACGGGGUAAAAGCAGCCUGAGCUGCCAGGUGGCUCUGGUGGUGGCAGAGAUGGCCCGAGAAGCUGCAGUCAGGGAGCCAUGCAUUGAGGCGGGCCUGGUGAAGGUGCUGGUUCCCCACCUGAACAGCAAUGACCAGGAGAUGCUGCUGAACACCGGCAGGGCUAUUGGACGCAUCUGCUUCGACAACUCAUACCAACAGGACCAGUUAGUCCAGAGUGGAGUAAUCCCCAGACUGGUGUCCAUAAUAAGGGAGUAUCCAGAGAACGACCCCCUUGUCAACGUCUGCCUGCUGGCCCUCUGUAACCUGGCUGACAUGGACUCUGCGCGGGACGCCCUGGCGGAGCAGGACGUGGCAGAUGUAUUGACGUUUCAACUGAAACGGGCGCCUGAUGCCGAACGCCGUCACGUCAUCCUGGAGAUUCUGGGCUCACUGGGCGAGAGUGAUACACUGAAGCUGCAGUUUGCAGAGUCAGGAGUGCCAGAGGCUUUAUCUGGGAUGAUUCGGGGUCUGCAGGGAGGCUCUGACCCCCACGACCUGUGCAGCAUCAAAAUCGCCUCUAACCUCAUAGUGUCUCUACUUUUAGGAGAUGAGUCAAUGCAGAAAUGUUUCGGCGAGGGAACAGGUCUGGUGUAUCAGGAUGUCCUGUCCUGGCUGCAGAGCUCCAACACCCAGCUGCAGCUGUCCGGAGCUCUGGCCAUCGCCAACUUCGCCAGGAAUGACAGCAACUGUGUAAAGAUGCUGGACCUCGGUGUGGUUCCUCACAUCCUGACCCUGCUGGAGCAGCAUGUUGAUGAGGGAGACGUGUCUGUCCAACAUGCUGGACUGAGCGCACUCAGAAACCUGGCCAUUCCUGCCACCAACAAAGUGCGGAUGCUGGAGGACGGGGUGACUGAGAGGAUAAAGACCCUGCUGCGCUCCGACAUGCCGCCGGUUCAGUUCAAGCUUCUGGGUACGCUGCGCAUGAUGGUGGAUGGACAAGAGGAGGCCGCCUUGGUGUUGGGGAGAGAUGCUGAGCUUCUGGCUCGAGUCAUGGAGUGGUGCGAAGCCAAAGACCACGCAGGGGUGAGAGGAGAAGCCAGUCGCCUAUUGGCUGCCUUCAUCAGACACAGCCGCAACCCUGAAGUUGUCAAGGCUGUGGCCAAAGCAGAUGGGGUUCGGCACCUUAUCUCCAUGGCAACGAGUGAGCACGUCAUCAUGCAGAAUGAGGCCCUAGUUGCCCUGGCGAUAGCAUCUGCCAUUGACAUCGAAUCUAUGAAGGGCCCGUUCAGUGAUGCGGAGCUGUUGCCCAUGCUGAAGAAGAUGUUGGAGGAUCCUGUAGGGGCGGUCGAAGUCAAGUUCAGCGCUUUAGGUCUCAUCUGCAGCCUGGCUAACUCCAGCGUGAUGAAGGAGGAGUUGAACUCUGUGAAUAUGAAGGAGAGCCUCUGUAAACUGACAGAUCACAGCAGCAGUAAACUUGCCUCGCAGGCCAGCUCCAUACUGGCCAUCCUCGGUGACGCCAGCUAAAGCCGCAUGGAGCGACAAAGGAUCUCAUCUGCUGUAUGGAUUUAUCCAGCUUAUUCAAUGGCAUACUUUAAUUCAAACGAUCUCACUGCACAGACCCUGCUACAUAUUUAACUGGCUUCUAAAAAAUGCAACAACAAUUACUAAUUAAAGACAAGCAAGACUAAGACUCUGUGUCCCCAGUAGCAGCCCCCAGUGGCUGCAGUGUUCACAGAAGGAAUAAAGAACAUAAGUGAUAGAUUUUCAUGUUUUAAAGCCUUACCAAAAGUCAGGCUGAAAGUGUAACAUUUGGUGUGAAUAUUGGCUGACAAGGGAAGACUACGAGGUGAUUAAAACCAAAGGGGUUACUUCAGUCAGGAGCUGAGUCAUGUGCUCAACAUUUUCUAUGGUAAUCUACUAGAUAUGUGAUCAUCCCAAGAUCCUAUGUGACAAGUUGAUAUUUUGGACUGAGGGUGGAGCUAGAGGAAAGUUCACAGAGUGUACACAAUUGUUUCUGGGAAUGUACUAUUUUAUGGUAAAUUGUCUAUUAGAUUUGGACAUUUCUUGUAUCCAAAGUGGUUGGUAGUGGCAGUAGAGUUAGUGCCAUUUGACAAUGGCACUAAAAGGGAAAGUCAAGCCAAAUACAUUCACAUUAUUCUGUGGAGAUUAUAAAUAUCUGUACCAAAUUUCAAUGUCAUCUGACCAAUAGUAGUUGGUGGUAUCUUGGACUAAAGUGGUGGGUGGGGGAACAGAUGAAUUGACAUCACCUUCUUUGGGCUCCCAAGUAAAGUGUCAAAAUAUUAGGCCAAGUGAUUUAUUCUUAUGAUGAUGAUGAUUUAUCCAAAAAAAUCUUGCAAGGCGUGGAAUAAAAGUAUAAUUUCUCCUGCAUAGUAAAAUUUUCACAAAACAAGUGACAUAAAGUUUUAGGAUUGUUUAUUUUGAAUUAAUUUAAGUGUAACCACCACAGUUACAAAUAAAAUAAUUGGCUAAGAUUGUUGGUAUAAAACGUAACAUAUAGUACUUUGGGCUUGCUUACUCAGUAUCUUUGCAGAUACAUGAUGUAAAAUGUCCUUUGAGACUGAGCAAACCUGGUCUGGGUGACCAAAGACUUCUUCCAUCACCAGAAUCUUUACAUAACCAGCUCAUCGACCAGCAUCAAAGCACUUUAAACCAGUCUGUCCAGUCUAACCUUUCUAAAAAUUUAAUUUGCUGAAACUUUCACUAUAUCCUGACAGUAGUACAUGAGACAGAUAAUCUGACAAUCAGAUUGAACGUUUUUGGCGAAUAUGACAUAAAAGUUACCUAGUGCAGCUUUAAAUCAUCAUUUUCAUUCCAAAUCCAAACAAAACUAUUAAUGGAGCCACAUUAACAAGCAAUAAAGCUAUCUGAAUGCAAUGAUCUAGUCUUAGAACCUUUGUAGGGCAGCAGAUGUUGUCUCUCUCAAACAGUCCUGAGCUUCUCCACUAAAAGUUGUUCUGUCGGCAAUGUCUAAAUUAAUAUUUGUAUCAUGUCAUUGUGGUAACAGGUGUACAUACAAUCGUAAACACAGUUUAAGGUAUAAGCAAAACCUUAAUUGGCAGCCCUAACUAAAGCUGCUCUUUGCAUCUGCACGUGUCAGACUGACACUUAUGUCACGAUUAUCUCAUAUAUGAUGGAUGGUAGAGGUUAGAAAGAUUCUCAUGUUUUAGACUCGCAAGCAUUUGGGUCAUGAGACGACUCAAGACUACGGAGGCCCUAAAUGCUCAUUGAUUCAAACUUUUUUGCUGUCGUUCUAUCUCAAGAUCCUGAGUUGAAAUUUACAUAGGGAUAACAAACCUUGUUUUCUCGUGAUAAACGGUUCAUUUAUCACGUUAUCUUGAGAAAAUAAAACACAGAUUUUUCAAGAUAAUACUGACCUUAUAAGAUUCAUUAAACUGGACCGUGACUUAUACACACAUCUGCUGCACUUAAUCCAAUCCUUGUGCUUCCUUUUUUGACAUUGAUUAGUGUAUUUCUGUAGGCUGCUACUUUACAAUAAUUAUCCAUAAUGUAAAUUCACUCAUAUCAAAUCAAAUGAAAACGUCCUUACAGCAAUUGGCAAAAGUUCAUAAAAAGUCAAUUUUGUUUGCUUUGACACUCCCAGCACACAGAGCAGUGUGUAUAUAUCCUGGUCCACUCUUAUGAAUCUCAUGAAGUAUUUAUUAUGUUCUUACGUCAUGUAUUCAGCCUUUUGUUUUCUCAACAUAACGAGACAAGUUAACCCAAAACCACGGGAAAUUUCUGCUUUGUUAAAAAAUAAUUAACUUGUGAUCUUGAAAUAAUAAAAAAAAUCUUUUAAUCUAUGUUUUUGGCUUCCGUACCGGAUGGCUGAAUUAAUAGUGUGAGGGAUACAAAUAUCGUGCUUAGACAAUGUAGCAUUCUAUCAAUUAAAUGUGGCUUUAGUUACAUUGAAUGAUUGACUUUGGGCUCUGUUAAGCAUAAAAAAAAAAAAAAAACACAUUUAAAAGACAGCAACACACAAGGGAAUCUUUCUCUGUCUAGCCUGAAGUCGUGUUCACGUUAUACUUGAAAUACCUGGCUGUUGCACAUGCAGAAUUAUUGAGGACAGUAGGAGAGUCUGUGGGAGUUAUAAUGUAUUGGCAAGAAAUUACUAAAUUACUAAUACUAAGUUCUAGUUUCUACUUAUUUGCAAAUUUUUAUAACCUAUUAUGAUCUGUUCUGGACGGAUGGAAUGACUUUUGUUAAGAGCUACCCUCUCACAGUGAGAUCAGUGGUUCCCAACCAAUUUCCUCUAGGGACCCCUUUUCUAUCCUCUAUUAAACUGACAAUACCUGACUAAGUGACAUAUUUUAUGGAUAUUUCAUAUUGUAUUCAAAACUGUACAAUGAACCCAAACAGUGAACUCAGUAACUGCAAGAAGUUUGUGUAAAAGCAGAGAUUUGGAUGAAUUUUGAGCAGAUUAUGUCCUGUUUAGGGAACUUUUUAUACAAUUCUCUGUCUGUAUAAUGCAUUUUUAAUAAUUUUUUAAUAAUCCAAAAUUAUUUUUUGGGCCUUUUAUUGUCUUUAUUUGAUAGUGAUAGCUGGAGAUAGAAAGGAAAGGGGGGGUAGAGAGAGGGGAUGACAUGCAGCAAAGGGCCAUGGGUCGGAUUCAAACUCUGGGCUGCUGCAGGACUCGGCCCAUGUUCACCAGCUCCAAAGUUAGCCAACUGGGCACCCCAGUAUUUUUAAUAAUUUUUAAUAAUCAUACAGACCGAACAGACUUAUUUUCUGACAAAUUCAGGGUUUUCUUGUCCCUGGCGUUUGGCCAUUGUUCUAUUAGAUAUACUACUUAACCUUUAUGUUUCUUCACAGAAGUGAACCACAUGCUGAGAUAUAGGCCUAUUGUGUAUAUUUUAUACGUUUUUUUUAUAAGUAUAUAAGUUUUCUAAAAUCAAGAAGGCCUCGCAACCCCCUAUGGAGCUUUGAAGACACCUAGUGGGGGUCCCGACCCCCAGAUUGGGAACCACUGACGUCCACUACAGAGUCUUGUUUUUUAAGUUACUCUUUAACUUUAUCUUUAAUCACAAUUCAAGCAUUAGCCUUUGUUUUCACUUGCAUGGUCGGGGAAGUGGGUCAGAAAUCUACUUGCUUGAAGUAAAUUUUUACUUGCCCCUUUACAAAAAGUUUUAUUUAUUAGAAGUGAUCAAAUACCAAAAAAAGACUAAAGUUAAUUGUCAUGUAUAAUCUGGGUCAGUCCCGUUCUUCUGUUGAAGAGCAAUCAAACUGGAGUACGCAUUGAACGGCUGCUUAUUUUUUGAAACACAAUAAAUUGAUCAGUUUUGCGAUUGCCUGCCUCGCCUCAGUAUUCGUAUUUCGUACUGGUACAUGCAAGGACCCAGAGGCACAUGCAACGUUUUUCAGAAACUUAAGGGGCCUUUGGAAAACACUGACUGGCUCCCACAGCUCGGGUUUUAAAUUACAAAAGAAAAUUACUUUCAGUACACAAUAAUAGAGGAGCUGCACACAAAAGCUGUUUUUCAGGGAACCUGCAGCCAUUUUAAUGAAAAUCUCUCUGAUAACCACAUCAAAGAUGGUGCCUAGACUUCUCUGAUGCAACUGUGCUUCCACCAGUAAGUACUUAUCAAAUGACAUAGGUGAAUGAUCAUGAUUAAGCAUAAAACAUUUUUUUCAAACUGUUAACUCAUCUUGCUGCAAUGAUUUUGUAAAGUCUACCUAAUUAGUCAUUUAGCAAAUUACUUGCACAUCUGGCUCCAGCAUUACAGCAAUAUCCACUGCUAGCAUUCCUCUGUAAAGGACGCUUCCUGUUUUAUCUUAUACAGCAAACAUAAAGGCAGCGGAAUCCUACAGGAGCACAAUGUGAAGAAGCCACAUGCACAACAUGCUGAACUGCAACCACUUGUAUAUACAUUAUACAAUCAUUCUAAGACAAUAAGUGUACAAUUCAGUGUGCAUAUGUAGUUGGGUAAUCAUGGGGAAAGGGUGAGCAUGUGUGUUCUAUACAACAUAAAGUGAAUAAUCUGGCUAUGGACAAGAGUCAGCAGUUUUGCUCUAAUGUUUCAUGUAAUGUCUGUACUGCCAUAUAUUAUGUAUGCAUAUAUCACUUGACAUUUGUGAACAAAUCUGUUUAUUUUUCAGGAAGGGAAUAUUUGACAUUUUCUGAGCUUUGCUCUAGAGAGAGCAGAAUAAAGUCAUGCAAUGUCUUCCCCCAA